ACGCACCACUUCCAAACACGCAGGGCUCUGUGGAUUUCCCCACCGUGGAGUUCGAGUACGGGGACACCGACAGCCGUGGUGCAGAGCUCGCAGGUGGGGUUAUGGGAUGGCAGCAUCCUGGUAAUGAGAGAGAGGAGGGUUUUAAUUAACAGAGGGGUUAAUGACAUAGGAGCAUAGGGAAUGUGUAGGGAAAAUGAUGUAGGAAACGGCGUAAAACCCAAAACCCUGGAGCUGUUUGCAAAAUUACUGGGGCAAAAUUACCCUCCAAAAAAAUUCCUAUGGCACUGCAGAUGCAAUGGGGCAGUGGGGAGGGGGAGAUGGGAAGUUCCCUUAGGUGUGGCUGUGGGGCUCCUGCAUGGCUCUGGGGGUCCCAGAUCUUAUGCCACACUGGGAUAUCCACGCUGUCCCCAUUGCCUCAUGGCAAUGCGAAAUGGGAUCAAACACAAUGGGUUUGGGAGCGUUGAGUCAGAACCCAAUGCCCAGUGGAGCUCUAAAAGAGCUCAGGGACAUUGAGAUAUCAGCACUGUCCCCAUUAACCCAUGAGCACCCACCGGGAGAGCUGCUGUAAGGCUCUGUGUCCCAGUUGGUUUUAUUGGAUUUUAAUGCCACGUUGGGAUAUCUGCAGUCUUCCCAUUGCCCCAUGACAGCAUGAAAUGGAUGGAUGUGGAAGUGUUGAGUGGGAACCCAGUGCCCAGUGUAGCUCACAGAGAGCUCCAGGACAAUGCUGGGGUUCUGCUCCACAUCUUGGGCACAUGGGGAUAUCUCAGAGGAAUUUGGUGGUGAUAAGAGGGGUGAAAACCUUUCCGGUAACCGCUGACCCUGUUCCAGCAGAGCUGUACAGCUACACUGAGGAGCCCGAGCUCAGCACCAACCGGCGAUGCUUCGAGGAGGAGUUUUGCCCCCAAGGUAUGGGCUCUGUGUUCAGUGCCCCAUGGCACAGGGCUGCCCUAUGGCCCACACAUCGCUCUGUCCCCUCUGCAGCGCGGGGCCGGCAGUGGCCUGAGCUGGACAAAGCGCAGCAGAGGGCCCAAGUCCUGCGGCUGCUGGAGGGGCUGGAGGUGGUCAGCAGGGAGCGGCGGCUGCGGGCAGCGCGGGCCAUCCUUUACCUGGCACAGGGAGUGUUUGGAGACUGUGAGAGCGAAGGCGAUGUCCUGCACUGGUCACGGCACAACAGCUUCCUGCUGUAUCAGCUGGGCACCUUCAAUGCCUUCCUGGAGCUGCUCAGCAUGGAGAUAGACAACAGCCAGGCAUGCAGCAGUGCGCUGCGGAAGCCAGCCAUCUCACUGGCCGACAGCACCGAGCUCAGGGUGCUGCUCAGCGUUAUGUAUCUGCUGGUGGAGAACAUCCGUGUGGAACUGGAAACAGAUCCCCCGGAGUGGAAAUCCUGCCGAGAGACCUUCAGGACAGAGCUGAGUUUUCCCAUGCGCUCUGAUGAGCCCUUUGCUCUCUUGCUCUUCACGAUGGUGACCAAGUUCUGCAGCGGCCACGCUCCACACUUUCCUAUGAAAAAGGUCCUGCUCCUGCUCUGGAAGGUCCUCCUGUUCACGCUGGGAGGAUUUGAAACCCUGCAGACGAUGAAGGUGAGGAGGAGGGAGGAGCUUGGGCUGCCACCCCUGCCCGAGGACAGCAUCCAGGUGAUGCGCAGCAUGCGUGCUGCCUCACCGCCCACCUGCUCCAUUGAGCUGGCUGAGCAGCAGCAGAAGCGUGGGCACCGCAGCCGCCGGCCCCUGAUGAAGCAAGACAGCCUGGAUAUCUACAACGAGAGAGACCCCUUCAAGAAUGAUGAAACAGGAGUUGAUGAAGAGGAGGGUGAUGAAGUGGAUGGUGGGAUCGAGGGGGAGCUGGACCUGAUGGAGCGGGAUGCUCUCCUCCCUACCAUACCAGCCCAGCGUCCUCCUAUUGAACGGGUGUCAUUCCCCAAAGGGCUGCCCUGGGCCCCCAAAGUCAGGCAGAAGGACAUUGAACAUUUCCUGGAGGCAAGCAGGAACAAAUUCAUCGGCUUCACUCUGGGACAGGACACUGAGACCCUGAUAGGGCUGCCACGGCCCAUUCAUGAGAGUGUGAAGACACUGAAGCAGCACAAGUACAUUUCCAUCUCAGAUAUCCAGAUCAAGAAUGAGGAGGAGCUGGAGAAGUGCCCCAUGUCUCUGGGUGAAGAGGAAGUUCAAGAAACCCCUUGUGAGGUCUUGUAUCGAGCAAUGCUAUACAAUCUCCCCCAGUAUAUGAUCGCUCUGCUGAAGAUCCUCCUUGCUGCAGCACCCACCUCCAAGGCCAAGACUGACUCCAUCAACAUCCUGGCAGAUGUCUUGCCUGAGGAGAUGCCCAUCACCGUCCUGCAGAGCAUGAAGCUGGGGAUUGAUGUGAACAGGCACAAGGAGAUUAUUGUGAAGAGCAUCUCGGCACUGCUGCUGUUACUCCUCAAGCAUUUCAAGCUGAACCAUAUUUACCAGUUUGAGUAUGUGUCCCAGCAUUUGGUGUUUGCCAACUGCAUCCCGCUGAUCCUGAAGUUCUUCAACCAAAACAUCAUGUCCUAUAUCACUGCCAAAAACAGCAUCUCUGUCCUGGAUUACCCGCACUGUACAGUCCACGAGUUGCCUGAGCUCACUGCAGAAAGCCUGGAAGGUGGAGACAACAACCAGUUCUGCUGGAGAAACCUAUUCUCCUGCAUUAACCUGUUGAGGAUCCUCAACAAGCUGACCAAGUGGAAGCACUCGAGGACAAUGAUGCUAGUAGUCUUCAAGUCGGCCCCGAUACUGAAGCGAGCUCUGAAGGUGAAGCAGGCCAUGAUGCAGCUGUACGUUCUCAAACUUUUGAAAAUCCAGACCAAAUAUCUGGGGCGCCAGUGGAGAAAGAGCAACAUGAAGACCAUGUCAGCCAUCUACCAGAAGGUGCGGCACCGCAUGAACGACGACUGGGCGUAUGGCAACGAUAUUGACGCGAGGCCGUGGGACUUCCAGGCUGAAGAAUGCACACUGAGAGCCAGCAUCGAAGCCUUCAACAGUCGAAGAUACGACAAACCUCAGGAUUCAGAGUUUGCACCAGUGGACAACUGCCUGCAGAGUGUGCUGGGCCAGAGGCUGGAGCUCCCUGAGGACUUCCACUACUCCUACGAGCUGUGGCUGGAGCGGGAGGUGUUUUCCCAGCCCAUCCGCUGGGAAGAGCUGCUGCGCUACCAGUGAGAGACACCACUCACCCGUCCCAUCCCAGCAGGGACUCCAGGUGCUACACAGUGAGGAAAGGAAGAUAAUUUUAAGUAAAGCUGGAAGAAAAUCACCUUCUUAAAGAGUCCAGGCCUCUCUGUAACCAUCCAGACACCUCAGCUCUCAUUUUCUUGGAGGUCUUCCCUUUGUUGUGACUUCUUGGAGGCCGAGGACCAGGUUCCAGCAUCUCAUUCAGGAGUGGCCUCACCUAGUUUUCACUGCAGAUUUACAACUGUGUAUGAGAGAUCUGAGUCUGUGCUGUCCCUCAGCUUGUUAAGUCUGCUGUAAGAGUAUCUCAGCCUUGAUAGGUCUUCAUCUCACCCAGAUGCCUCAAGCUGAGCUGAUGUGUUUUCAUUUGUUCAGUUACGAUGAUGUGUUUCAAACACCACACUGCUAUGAUGAAGUAAAAAAACACAAAAUAGGUGGCACCAUCUAUGACAGUCCCAAGUAGAGUUGGAUGACUUGGCCAAAGGGGAUGACACUACCACUUGUCCCCAGGGCAGCAUCACUGCUGGGAUUGUACAGCAGAUUUACAGAUUUCUUCCACAAUUUUUGCAUUGGUCAUUAGGUAUAGUAAUGCAUUACCUUUACCACUGUUCCACUUUCCUUCACCCCUCUGCUCACUGCUAUGAGAGUAAAAUGAACGAGUUUGCAGAGCAAAGAGCUGCAGAGGAGGUUCACUGCCAUGUUUCUCUCCACCUGCAGUAAUCAGAAAUAUCAGCCCAGAAGUUACUGACCCAAACUACAGGAUGUCUAAACAUACCACACAAAGGCUUUUUUUCUCAUCAAGCAAGAUGCUCCAUUACAAAGUCCAUACAGGGAAAUAAAAUGCAGCAGGCUGAUUGUUUUUGAAGGAUAAUUACUUCAACAUUAGGUUUCCAGAGAGCUUUCUUCAUUGCUCUAUACCCUUUGCAGCCCUACAGGAGACAGUCUUCUGGAAAAUAACCUGAUUUUUGCACAGGUUUUUGGUUCUUUGGGAGGAUGUUUGUGCUGAGUCUUAAAGUGGGAAGGAAGAGUGCUUUGGGUACCACUUUGCUGCCAUCAUAUGACAGAAACAGCAGAUGGUGCAGUCCAGAACAUUCAGACUCACACAACGAGCUGUGAGUAUGGUGACAGGGUAUGAAAGAUUAUAAAAGAUAAAAGAUUAUAUCUUUUUCUACAAAAUGUUGUCAGCCAUGCACAGGGAAUCCUGGUCUAAUUUUUCCUCCCUUAUGAAAUCAGUUCUUUUGUCAAAGAAAAAUGUGUCAAUAUAGUGCAGGCAAAAGUGGACUUCUCCCACACUGUACUGCUACUGAUACAGUGAGCAUGCAGGUGAUAAAACCACAGGUAUUUGUCAUGGCAGGAUUUGUGCUUAUUGCUGUGGAAUUGAAUUGAGAAUGUUUCCUUGAUGUGGUUUGCAAAAGGCACUUUUCAAAGAGCUGCCAUUAGUAAACCCGCUCACCCUUUUAAGAAUGCUUCUGUUCACAAUAAACCAGUGUGACUUUUCAA